GAAGGAUGAGGAAAUUGCAAUGAGAGCAUGUACCUUUUAUUAGAUGAUUCAAACUGCAGCCUGCCUUGAUUAACCUGAAAAGUCCUAAGAAAUGAGGACUCCUGCCUCAUAGAUCACUGAAAGGAGGAAUUAUUUUUAUUUUUUAAGGAUAGCUUCUGAUUACACUUGGCUCGAGAAGAAAGAAGCUAGUUGUUUUUCCGCCAGUAGUGGAUUUGUGGUUUGGCUUUCCCAUGGCUUCCUGCCGUGCGUGUGACCUCAGGGUGCUGGUGGUCAUUGCAUGUGGACUGGUGACGAUCAUCAUUUUGGCCCUGGGCAUCUGGAUGACUGUGAUUACGGUCCAGAAAGGAUCAUUAGCCUCCUCAUCAACCAUCCCUAUAGACUUCUGCAGGAAUGGUGGAACCUGGGAAAAUGGCAGAUGUGUUUGUCCAGACUUGUGGAAAGGACGGAGGUGUACCAUUGCUAAUUUCUGUGAAAACAGUACCUAUGAAAGUUUUACUUUUGACAGAAUUCCAGUGGGAAAAUAUGGAUCUUCUCAUCAAAGGUGUGAUAAGGACACAUUAAAUGCGGGCAAUCCAAUGGCAACGCGGCUGUGCAAUAUUACUAAGUAUGGAGUGAUAGUAUUACAAAACGUGACCAUAGGAAAUUGCAAUGAAAAUCUGGAAACCCUGGCAAAACAGAUAGACAACAUCUCGUCACAGUCUCUGAAUAUUUCCAAUGAAGCUCAGAUUUUAACAUCUGAUGCCAAGAGACUAACUCCUGACAAUGUCACUUCUGCUACUAGAGUGGUUGGGCAGAUCUUCAACACAUCCAGAAAUGCUUCCUCUGAGGCGAAAGCUGUUGCUGUAGCCACAGUGAGUCAACUUCUAGAAGCCAAAGAAGAUGUUUUUCAAAGUGCUGCUGCUGCUACUGACUAUGAUGAUACCUUUGCAACGCUUAUUGAGCAAAUGGAAAUUUACUCCACGUCUUUGGGUAACGAGUCAGUGGUGGAACCUAAUGUGGCAGUACAGUCUGUGGCUUUCUCUUCAGAAGGCACUGAGCAGUCUAAAAAUGUUCGCUUCUCUGUGAAGAAAGGAACUAGUGAUUCUCUCACUUCUGGUUCCACAGUUGUGGAGACAAACGUGGACGCACUUAAUCCAGACAUAGAGACUGAGCUUCAAAUCUUGCUCCAAACCUCAAAAAGUGACACAAAGUCAUGUGGCUUUGUAGUGUAUCAAAAGAACAAACUUUUCCAAUCAAAAACUUUUAAAACUAAAUCAGAUUUUAGUCAAAAAAUUAUCUCAAGCAAAACCGAUAAAAAUGGAGAUCAGGGAACUUCUGUUAACAUCGUCUUUAAUCCAAGGUAUGACUCAAAAGAAUUCCAGCUCUAUUCCUAUGCCUGUGUCUACUGGAGUUUUUCAAAAAAGGAUUGGGACACGAAUGGAUGUCACAAAAUUAGGGCCACUGAUGGAUUAUUGUACUGCCACUGCAACCAUACUACUAAUUUUGCUGUAUUAAUGAGUUUUGAAAAGAAAUACAAAUAUCCUGAAUCACUAAACAUAUUAUCCAGCGUUGGAUGUGCGCUGUCCAUUACUGGUCUGGCUCUCACAAUUGUAUUUCAGAUUGUCACCAGGAACAUCAGAAAAACUUCAGUAACCUGGGUGUUGGUCAGUCUUUGCAUCUCAAUGUUGAUUUUUAACCUCCUCUUUGUGUUUGGAAUCGAAAACUCCAAUAAGAACUUAAAAAAAGAUGGUAAUAACACCAUUCAGAUGGACCCUGAUGCUAAUGAAAUGCUCACGCAAGAUAUUUAUGACGUCCGGAAUCCCACGUGCACUGUGGUUGCUGCCUUGCUGCACUAUUUCCUUUUGGUGACGUUUACCUGGACUGGACUGAGUGCUGCACAGCUCUAUUUCCUUCUCAUUAGGACUAUGAAGCCUCUUCCUCAAUAUUUCAUUCUGUUCAUCUCUUUAAUCGGAUGGGGAGUCCCGGCUGUAGUGGUGGCUAUGACACUGGGAAUUAUUUUUUCUCAGAAUGGUUCACAGUGGGAAUUAAACUACAGACAAGAGGAAAUCUGCUGGCUGGCAGUUUCAGGAAACAAUGGUCUUAUAACAAGUCCAUUGUUGUGGUCAUUCAUCAUACCUAUCACCAUUAUCCUCAUCAACAAUAUUGUUAUAUUUAUUAUCAUUAUAGUCAAAGUAAUAUGGAAGACUAACCUGAAUCUGACAAGCACAAAAAAGGUUUCAUCCCUAAAGAAGGUUCUUAGUACAUUAUCUAUUUCGGUUGUUUUUGGAAUUACCUGGAUUCUGGCAUACUUUAUGCUAAUCGGUAAUGAGGACGUCAGGAUUGUCUUCAACUACAUGUUUUGCCUUCUCAACACCACCCAGGGAUUGCAAAUUUUUAUCCUGUACACUGUCAGAACAAAAAUCUUCCAGAACAAAGCUUCCGAAGUGUUGAAGUCACUGUCGCUAUCCACUGGGAGAGUGAAGCUGAAGCCAUCAGUGACCACAAUGAGGCUGCGUGUAAGGAUGUAUAACAUGCUCAGGUCACUUCCAACCUUAAGUGAACGCUUUAGGCUGCUGGAGCCAUCUGUCAUCAUGGAGGAAACGACACUCUCUGAAAGUGACCAAGCAAACCCAAGCAUCUAGACAGUGAAACUACUGCCUUUGUGAUCCUCUUUUUAUACAAUUCAUGUUAAGUGUUGCUUAUUCUGUUUCUUUCCUUUAAUACUUGGUCCUCCCAGAGAGUCUCCUUCAAUAUAUUUUGUUCAAGGCUAAGACUCAGGUAAAACUUGUUUAUUAUCAUCAGGGAUAAUGGAUUCGGUAUUUUUUUCUGUCAUUCAGUAGAUUCUUACCUGAAUGAGGUAAAGAAUUCCACCCAGCAUUCAGGAUAAUUCAAGAUUAUCAUUGUUACUUAUAUCAUAAAUGUGACAAACUUUGGUAAAAGAAAUUCUUUUACAAUUUACCAAAGAGGGCAUGGGGAGAAAAUAUUUACCUUCUGGAACAAAAUGACUCCUAAUGAACCCUGCAGUGAGUUGCUUAUAUAUAUAUAAUACUUUUGAUCUGUGAAUAUUUUAAUUUGUAUUUGCUUAUAUUUUUAUUUCUACUUAAGGAUUUUGUGCCAGUUUAACCUCUGGAAAGGGAUACUUUUUUUCUGUUCAAAAAAGAGCAUGUUUUGUGACCAGAGGAUUUAGCACUCUAAGAAAUGGACAGUGAGACACAAAAAAGAUGAGCUGGUUACUAGAGCCUCUGUGUAUUUCUUUCUGGAUCUUGAUACAUCUGUCCUUUUAUUGAUGAAGCGACUUUGAGACUCAAAAAAUGGGAAGUUAGUCACAAACACCACUUAUGGCUUUUGAAAAAUCUAACUGCUCAUGGAAUUUCAAACACUUGAAUUAUGAAUGGCUUCCUGAAUAAAAAAUGACCUCUACUAGAGUGGGAAGCACUCCCACUAAACGUAGGAGA